AUAUUGAUUUAACAACAUUGAGUAUGCUUGAUUUAUUUUUUUGAAAAGCAGCUAUAAAGUUUUGACUACAUAACGGGAUAAUAUGUACACUUGUAGAGAAAGACGUCCUCUAUUAAAUGAUGUCUGUGUGUAUUGUUGGUAUGUUGAUAGGUAACGAUAAUUUCGUCGUGGUGAAGGUGGCGUCACCUAUCGCAACACAUCAACAGUAUGCAGUAGAACUGAAUAAUACAUAUACUGUUAAAUAAAGAAAGGAGUAUCGAAGCCAGAGAACUAGUGAGUGAACCUCUCUCCAGACGUCCAAUCGCUUUGCGAACGAGAUGAUGUUCAUUGAUAGAAUAAUAGAAAAAUCUAGAAUGGUUUAAUUUUCUAGGUCUUCGUUUUUUUUUUUGAAAUAUAGAAAUUUUACUAGAUUUUUCAAUAAAAAGCUGUAAUCCAUCUCAGAUCAUCUGUUAAGUUAAUGUUCGAAUUUUGACUUCAAACUUCCCAUGAACAAAGUUCUCAAUAUUGAAUAUCUGAGGAGAGAAUUUGCCCAAUGAGUUAAACUCAUUGAGAAUGAAGGUCCGAAAAACUAAACUAAUCUAAACUUUUCUAUUAGUCAUCAAAUGAACAUAGUCUCGGUCGUAGUGUUUUGUCCAGAGGGAUGCUCGGCACUCCCCAAAAAUCGAGUUCGUCCCCUCGGCGUUCAGAGUAUAUGCCACAUGAAGUGCAUAUUUUGCUUCUUCGAGACUAUUGGCUAGCUCCUCGAAGUUUCGGGUGUUUCCCCCACGAAGGAGAAAUCCUAGAUAAAACACUGUUCGAUCGAAAAGCAAUUUGACGCCCGGAGACAUUCCUUCCUUCUCCGGAAACCUUUGAGCGUGCCUUAGAAAUAAGAUGAUUCUAUAUUAUAGGCGAAGGACUGAAUCCUUUCGUAAAAGUCUUUAUCUAGAAGCUUACAUAUAUUUCUUUCUGUAGUCAAAAAUCAUUGAAAAACUUUUUAGUUGUUUUUAAAUAUUUUUAUGAAUAAUUAUUUUAGGUUGUAUAUCAAAAUAUUCAGGUGGUGAAGUAAAAUAUUAUCCAGGUUUUCAUUCUAUUCAAACACCAAAUGAAGUUGAACGUUUUGAAAAUGAUUUAAGACGAUAUUUACAAAGAAAAAUUGGAUUUGAAGCUGUUAUGCGUUUACGAUCACCACCAGGUUAA